AAAGAAGUCCAGCAGGUCCAGAAUCUUUAAACUCAGAUACACCUGCUGGCUUCUCCCUGCUGCUGAACUGCCAUAUAAGGGCUGAAUCUGGGGGCUGGAGGACACAAUGGGGUUUUUAAUCCCACUGUGUAUUCCCCUACUGCUGCUGAUCAGUGAUGUUGGAAGUGACACCUUUACAGAAAUACCACAAACUACUACGACUGAGCUGCUCACUACCACUACAGAGGCCAUCAGUAACCCAAGCACUGACCCCUGCUAUAACUACAGCAUACUGGAUGAGCCCUGGAGAGCCACAAACAGCCCCAAUUACUGGUGGGGUUUACACUGUGACCAAUACAUCAGCUGGAACGGCUGGUAUCGUCUGCUGCAUCAGGGCAAUAGCGUCCGGAUGCCAGAUUCAUGUGUUAGUGAGAACAUGUGUGGAACUCAUGCCCCUCUCUGGCUGAAUGGUCCUCAUCCUCGACUGGAAGAUGGAGUAGUCAGUCGGCAGGUCUGUGGGAGCUGGAACGGUGCCUGCUGCUAUUUUAAUUCCUUCCCCAUUCAAGUGAAAGCUUGUCCUGGAAAUUACUACGUUUAUGAGUUCGUCAGUCCAAAUGGCUGUUCUUUAGCUUACUGUGCAGAUGUUGGAAAUGAAACCACUACAGAAAUACCACAAACAACAACAACUGAGACACUGCCUACCACUACAGAGGCCAUCAGUAACCCAAGCACUGACCCCUGUGAUAACUACAGCAUACUGGAUGAGCCCUGGAGAGCCACAAACAGCCCCAAUUACUGGUGGGGUGUACACUGUGACCAAUACACCAGCUGGAACGGCUGGUAUCGUCUGCUCCAUCAGGGCAAUAGCGUCCGGAUGCCAGAUUCAUGUGUUAGUGAGAACAUGUGUGGAACUCAUGCCCCUCUCUGGCUGAAUGGUCCUCAUCCUCGACUGGAAGAUGGAGUAGUCAGUCGGCAGGUCUGUGGGAGCUGGAACGGUGCCUGCUGCUUUUUUAAUUCCUCCCCCAUUCAAGUGAAAGCCUGUCCUGGAGAUUACUACGUUUAUGAGUUCGUCCGUCCAAGCAGCUGUUCUUUAGCUUACUGUGCAGAUGUUGGAAAUGAAACCACUACAGAAAUACCACAAACAACAACAACUGAGACACUGCCUACCACUACAGAGGCCAUCAGUAACCCAAGCACUGACCCCUGUGAUAACUACAGCAUACUGGAUGAGCCCUGGAGAGCCACAAACAGCCCCAAUUACUGGUGGGGUGUACACUGUGACCAAUACACCAGCUGGAACGGCUGGUAUCGUCUGCUCCAUCAGGGCAAUAGCGUCCGGAUGCCAGAUUCAUGUGUUAGUGAGAACAUGUGUGGAACUCAUGCCCCUCUCUGGCUGAAUGGUCCUCAUCCUCGACUGGAAGAUGGAGUAGUCAGUCGGCAGGUCUGUGGGAGCUGGAACGGUGCCUGCUGCUUUUUUAAUUCCUCCCCCAUUCAAGUGAAAGCCUGUCCUGGAGAUUACUACGUUUAUGAGUUCGUCCGUCCAAGCAGCUGUUCUUUAGCUUACUGUGCAGAUGUUGGAAAUGAAACCACUACAGAAAUACCACAAACAACAACAACUGAGACACUGCCUACCACUACAGAGGCCAUCAGUAACCCAAGCACUGACCCCUGUGAUAACUACAGCAUACUGGAUGAGCCCUGGAGAGCCACAAACAGCCCCAAUUACUGGUGGGGUGUACACUGUGACCAAUACACCAGCUGGAACGGCUGGUAUCGUCUGCUCCAUCAGGGCAAUAGCGUCCGGAUGCCAGAUUCAUGUGUUAGUGAGAACAUGUGUGGAACUCAUGCCCCUCUCUGGCUGAAUGGUCCUCAUCCUCGACUGGAAGAUGGAGUAGUCAGUCGGCAGGUCUGUGGGAGCUGGAACGGUGCCUGCUGCUUUUUUAAUUCCUCCCCCAUUCAAGUGAAAGCCUGUCCUGGAGAUUACUACGUUUAUGAGUUCGUCCGUCCAAGCAGCUGUUCUUUAGCUUACUGUGCAGAUGUUGGAAAUGAAACCACUACAGAAAUACCACAAACAACAACAACUGAGACACUGCCUACCACUACAGAGGCCAUCAGUAACCCAAGCACUGACCCCUGUGAUAACUACAGCAUACUGGAUGAGCCCUGGAGAGCCACAAACAGCCCCAAUUACUGGUGGGGUGUACACUGUGACCAAUACACCAGCUGGAACGGCUGGUAUCGUCUGCUCCAUCAGGGCAAUAGCGUCCGGAUGCCAGAUUCAUGUGUUAGUGAGAACAUGUGUGGAACUCAUGCCCCUCUCUGGCUGAAUGGUCCUCAUCCUCGACUGGAAGAUGGAGUAGUCAGUCGGCAGGUCUGUGGGAGCUGGAACGGUGCCUGCUGCUUUUUUAAUUCCUCCCCCAUUCAAGUGAAAGCCUGUCCUGGAGAUUACUACGUUUAUGAGUUCGUCCGUCCAAGCAGCUGUUCUUUAGCUUACUGUGCAGAUGUUGGAAAUGAAACCACUACAGAAAUACCACAAACAACAACAACUGAGACACUGCCUACCACUACAGAUGUUGGCAGCAUUACCCCGUCAGAAAUAACUACUACGACUCAGCCACCCACUACUACUACAGAGACGCCGACCACGACUGCUCCACUGAACACUAGCACAGGUCCUUUCUAUCCAUUUGGAGUUGGGGAUAUAGAGAACGGGCGAAUUGAUGAUGGAGGUUCACCAGCUAUAUCUCUUCUACAGCACUUUAUAUUCUUUGGCACAACAUACGCUCAACUUUAUGUCAACAAUAAUGGACACUUAACUUUUGAUCAGUCGUGGUACAGCUACGUCCCCUAUCAGUUUCCUGCUAAUGCUGGACGAGACAUCAUUGCUCCAUACUGGACAGACAUUGACAAUUAUUACAAUGGAAUCAUCUCAUACCAGCAAUACACAUCUGGCAGUGUUCUCACUCAGGCUACCCAGGACAUUAACCAGUAUUUCCCUCAGCUUCAUUUUAAUGCCACUUGGGUCUUUGUUGCAACGUGGAACAGAGUAGGAUACUGUUGCUCUAACUCAGGCGAAGAAACAUCUUUCCAAGUAGUCUUGAUUUCUGAUGGACGGCUGUCUUUUGUUCUAAUGAACUAUGGUCACAUUGCUCCAACAAGCCGGGCUGUACAGGCUGGUUAUGACACAAGUGACUCCAGCUACUAUUUCUCAAUCCCCGGAUCAUUUCAACGCAACUACAACAAUGACUUCACAUACACAAGCAAUGUGAAUGUCACGGGCAGAUGGGCUUUCCGUGUAGAUCACGGAUCACAAACAUGUCAGUUUAAUGGCAACACUGUACCUCAGGGAACCAGUUUCUGGACAGAUUCCUCAUGCUGGGAGAGAUGCACCUGCACUCGCAGGGGUCUCCAGUGCAGCUCACAGCCUUGCACAUACUCUCAAGCCUGCCGGCCUGCUGCCUUGGAGUACAGCUGCCAAAAUGUUCAACGCCAAACCUGCACCAUCUCUGGAGACCCUCACUACUACACCUUUGACAAUCAGAUCUUCCACUUUCAGGGGACCUGCACCUAUGUCCUGUCGGAGGCUUGUGGGGAUGGGUUGCCAUACUAUCGAAUUGAAGGGAAAAAUGAGCACAGGGGCAGCACACGUGUAUCAUGGACACGCUUAGUCCGAGUGUUUGUCUAUGAUGAAGAACUGGAACUGGUGAAAGAUCAUCAAUAUGAGGCCAAGGUCAAUGGCAGUUUUGCAUCAACACCUUUCAGCCUCCGGAAUGGCUCCAUUCAAGUCUACCAGUCAGGUUUUUCAGUGGCCAUCAGUACAGAUUUUGGCUUGGUUGUCACAUAUGAUGCAUAUUCCUACGUGACCAUCAGUGUGCCUUUUGACUACCAGAAUGCAACCUGUGGCCUAUGUGGCAAUUUCAACCACCACCCAGAGGAUGACUUCCGUACACCUUCAGGUGAAGUCUUGAGUUCAGAUACAGACUUUGCAAAUUCUUGGACAGCAACAGGGGACACAGAUCCUGGCUGCCAGAAUACCUGCUCAGGCUUGACUUGUGCUGCUUGUACUGAAGCUCAGAGGAGCCUCUACAGUAAUUCAGACUACUGUGGAAUCCUGGGAGAUCCUGCUGGUCCUUUUAGCUCUUGCCACUCAAGACUGUCACCCCAGACCUUUAUGGAGAACUGCAUCUAUGAUCUUUGUGUGGGAGGAGGAUACCAGCCAAUCCUAUGCCAGGCACUCAAUGUGUAUUCUGCUCAAUGCCAGCAGCAAGGCGUUCAGCUUGGCCUUUGGAGGAGACAAGGAUUCUGUGAAAUCUCAUGUCCCAGGAACAGUCACUUUGAGUCCAGUGGAACAAGCUGCCCUGCAACGUGCAGUAACCCCACUGCUCCCGUAAACUGCCCUUUGCCGAACCAGGAGAGCUGCAUCUGUGACGCAGGAUAUGUCCUAAGUGCUGGAGAAUGUGUAUCUCAAGCCAACUGUGGCUGCACUUUUGAAGGACUCUACUAUGCCAGUGGUCAGUCAGUGAUAUUGGAUGGGGACUGUGGGAGGCAGUGUUCCUGCAACAGUGGAGUAAUGAGCUGCCAAAACUACCAGUGUGGUCCACAAGAGAUGUGUGCAAUCCAUAAUGGUGUGAGAGGCUGCAGACCAAUAGGCUAUUCCACCUGCUGGGUUGAAGGACCAGGCUUCUAUCACACAUACGAUGGACUGAUGUUCAGCUACCCAGGAGCCUGUGAACUGACCCUCAGCAGGGUGAUGGGACUUUCUCCACUCCCUAACUUUGCAGUAACAAUUCAGAAACAGCCCUCAGGCCCUCAGGGCUUUUCCAGAGUGCUGACAUUUGAGGCAGAGGGAACUCAGGUUUCUAUGAAGAUGGAAGAAGGAGGAACAGCAACUGUGGAUGGUCAGGAAGUUGCUCUGCCAUUUAGCGUUGGCAGCGGUCGAAUCCAUAUCUACCACAGCAGUGUGAAGGGCAUAAUCAUGGAAACCACUUUUGGUGUAACUGUACGAGCUGACUGGCCACACCUCAUCCGAAUCACUGUCCCCAGUACCUACAAUGGCACACUUGGAGGACUGUGUGGGAAUUUCAAUGAAUACCUUGAAGAUGAAUUCCUCAGUCCCGAUGGAGUCUUGCUGAAUGACUCGCGAACAUUUGGGGAUAGCUGGCGAGAUGGGUCCCUCUCAGCCCACUGUGAAGAAUCCACUGAUAUCUGGCAAAAAGGGUAUUAUCAGGACAGCAACCAGUUCAGGAUGCAUUGCAGCAUACUUUCCUCACCAUCUGGACCUUUCGCUCAAUGCCACAGCAGUCUGGAUCCCUCGGCGAAGGUAGAGGAUUGUAUCAGUUCCCUGCAACAGACAGAGGGUGCAAAGGAAGCCCUGUGUGAGGCCCUGCGAGGGUAUGCUGUGCUUUGCCAGCAAAAUGGCAUUGUCUUGCAAGAAUGGAGAAACAUCACUGACUGUGAGUUCCCCUGCCCAACCAACAGUCAUUAUGAGCUGUGUGGAACUUCCUGCCCAGCAGCCUGCCCUAGUCUCUCAUUCCCCUAUCUGUGCACCCAACACUGCCAGGAAGGGUGCCAGUGUGAUGAUGGGCUUCUUCUGAGUGGAGACCACUGUGUGCCACCCAUUGGCUGUGGCUGUCUGCAAGAAGGGCGCUAUAGGCAGGGUGGGGAGCGUUUCUGGUACGGUGAGCAGUGCCAGUCCCUAUGCAUCUGUGAUGGGACCACAGGUUUUGUCCGCUGCAACCCAUCAUCUUGCAGUGAGCAGGAAACCUGUCGUAUUGUCGGAGGAGAAUAUGGCUGCCACCCUCAACCCCGUGCCACAUGUUCUGCAUCAGGGGAUCCCCAUUACACCUCUUUUGAUGGACGUAAUUUUGACUUCCAGGGCACCUGCAGAUAUAUCUUGUCAACUGUCUGCAGUGACAAUCAAGAUCUACCAUUUUUCCAGGUUGUUGCAAAAAAUGAAGCAUGGAAUGGGCUCCCAGUCUCAAUCACUGUUGAAGUUUCUGUUAAUGUCUCAGGACACCUGGUUCUGGUCUCACGUAACAAGCGUGGCAUUGCUGUGAUUGACAGUGAGACUAAGAAUCUUCCAGUCCUCCUGGAUUCUGGCAGUGUCUCUGUUUACUCCAGUGGGCAGAACACAUUCAUUACAACUGACUUUGGCCUAAGUGUGAGUUACGAUGGCUCUUGGGUAGUGCGCGUCACUGUUCCAGCUAAUUACAGUGGAGCAACCUGUGGCCUGUGUGGUAACUUUAAUGGCCAGACAAAUGAUGAUUUCCGAAUUCGCUCAGGUGAACUGGUUUCUUCAGCUUCUCAGUUUGGAGCUGACUGGAAGGUCGGGAAUGAUACUUCAUGCGAUGAUGAAUGUGGAGACUCCUGUGCACGAUGCCAAAACCCAGUGUCAGCACGGUCUCAGUGUGAGAUUCUCAGGGACAGACAGGGUCCUGUAAGUUUCUGUCAUUCCUACGUGGACCCCGAGGCCUACUUUAACGAUUGUGCUUUCGACUUAUGCCUCUCGGAGUACCAACAUGAUGUACUGUGUCGAUCUAUUCAAACCUAUGUGAGUGCCUGCCAGUCUGCCAAUGCUCCAGUCUUGCCCUGGAGGCAGAACACAACCUGCCGCAUGGACUGUCCCAUGAACAGCCACUAUGAACUUUGUGGCACAGACUGUGAGCAUACCUGUGCUAGUAGCAUUGAUUCUGUAUGCGAGCAUGCCUGUUCAGAGGGCUGCUUCUGUAAUGAAGGCUUUGUGAGAAGUGGGGGCUUCUGUAUCCCAGUGGAACAAUGUGGCUGCCUCUACAAUGGAUUUUAUUUCAAUAUAGGUGAGAAGUUCUGGAACCAAGAAUGUUCACAACACUGUGAGUGUUUUGCUCCCAAUGACCUCCGCUGCUCCUCCAUCUCCUGCUCUCCCACCCAGGAGUGUAUGGUCAAGAAUGGCCAACGCGGCUGCUACAGCACAAUGUCCUCAUGCAUGGUGUGGGGUGAUCCCCAUUACCUUACCUUUGAUGGAGCUGUAACCACCUUCCAGGGCACUUGCUCAUAUGAGAUAUCUAAGACCUGUGGCAAUCUCUUAGACAACGGCCUGGAGUUUCUUGUAGUGGCGACCAACAUGCACCGUGAGAACAAGGAUGUGUCCUUUGCCUCUGUAGUGGACAUAUGGCUUUCUAAAGGGGGACAGCGUUCACAGAUUACUAUCGGACAGAACAAGAGAGUGAAGGUUGAUGGGACAGACAUUGACUCAUCUGCUUUUCAAAUCGGCCAACUUGCAGAAUUACAUCAGGAGAAUGAUUUUGUGGUUGUAAAUGCAUCCAGUGAGUUGAUGGUCUACUUUGAUGGUCGUUUUACACUUUUGGUGAGACUGGACGAAAGCUUUCACGGAUCUGUAUGUGGAAUGUGUGGAAACAAUAACGGAGACGCUGCAGAUGACAAAGCUAUGCCCAGUGGAGCUCUUGCACCCAGUGACGAUGAAUUUGGCAACAGUUGGAGAUCAGAAAUCAGCACCCAAGGGUGUGGAGCUAUUGAUCAGAGAUAUGAUGUGAACGACUGCCCCUUCACACAGGAGUACUCUGAAGUCUGCAGCAUCAUCACCAACACCAGCGGACCUUUCCAGCACUGUCAUUUCCAUGUCAACCCCAUGGUUUACUUCAGGUCCUGCGUGUAUGAUCUAUGUGUCUACUCAUCAGCCAAUGGCAUGCUGUGUUCAGCUCUGGAGGCCUAUGAGGUUGCUUGCACUACAAUGGGUCUGGAGAUCUCAGAGUGGCGCUCUGAUCUAGGCUGCUCGUACACGGACCCUUGUGCAGAGCUGGAAUGCACAGCAGACGAGUGGUGUGGAGAGAAAGAUAACAUCUAUGGCUGCUUCUGUAACGAGAACCAUCCUAGACCAAAGAAGGAGUCUUAUGACUCCAAAGAAGAGUGUGAGAGCAGCUCUGGCACCAUGUCUCUGUCCCGCUGUCAGCUCUUUGAAGCUGGUUUCUCUGCUGACAUCCUGCACCUGAGUGACCCCAACUGCACAGGGACAAUCCAGAACGGCAGACUGGUCUUCUCCUUUGAUAACGAUGCAAACAUCUGUGGGACAAAUCUUGUGGCCAAUGGUACACACUUCAUCUAUGAGAACACUAUCCAAGGAGGAGCAGACUCAGCAAGAGGAUCCAUCCACAGAAAGAAAUAUCUAGAACUGCAGUUCUCCUGCAUUUAUCAGAUCAGCCAGACCCUCUCCAUGGACACAGAAUUGACCCCUCUGCAGAGCGUCGUGCGCAAGAGGCUUCCAGGUCAGGGGAUGUACCAGGUCCGGAUCGUUCCCUAUCAGGAUGCUGCCCUCUCCCAACCUUACAACGGCAGUGUGAAGAUAGUGGUGGACGAGAGGAUCUAUGUGGGAGUGUUUGUUCAGGGGGUGGACAGUCGUCAGAUUGCCACAGUGAUAGACUCAUGUUGGGCCACUCCUGAGAAUGACCAGAACCAUGCUGUCCGCUGGGAUCUCAUCACUAACAGGUGUCCUAAUCCAGAGGAUACGACAGUAGAAGUUCUUCAGAACGGUGUCUCCACUACUGGCCGUUUCUCCUUCAGGAUGUUUGCCUUUAAUGGAGACUAUCAGAAAGUUUUCCUUCACUGCUCCAUUCACCUGUGCAUUCUGGAGGGCAACAACUGUGCAGCGCGCUGUUUCCCUGGGUUUCACCACAGAGUUGGCCGGUCUGUGGACAUCCAUGACAUGGCCUCCAUAUCUGUGGGGCCUUUCAUCUGGACAGUCUGAAGCACAGGAUUCCUCAGAUGAGGACUUUCUGGAUAACCUGACUCUACAGACCUUUGUAAACAACGAUUUUACCCAACCCCGAUUUAAUCUUCUUUUAAUAUAAUUAGCCACCGACUCUGCAUGGAUUUCUCUGUUUUAUUCAUUAAUCAGUCUUUAUUUCAUUCUGAUAAGUUUCUGUAACUGAAGAAAUAUAAUUAAGAUAUGCUACCUGCACAAUUACAAACAUGACUGCAGGAUAAAGUGAAUUUUGAGUGUUGACUUUUCUUUAUAUGGAGACAAUUAUCCAUCAUCUUUAUGAUUACUUUUUAUAGCAUUUCUCAAUAAAUUACUCUGUCAAGCAUGA